UGAGCCAGGCUAGCCGGCCCCGCUGGGCCCUGCCGGGGCCGUGCCCAAAGGAGUCCCAGGAGUUGCCGGCAGCCUGGCAGGGGGCUUGGCACGGGCAUGCACAGCGCUCGGCUUGACAGCUUCCUGGGCCAGCUCCGCUGGGAACUGUUGUGUGGCCGGGACACAGGUUCUCCCCCCAUGCCUGGCCCUCUCCCGCCGCCUCCCAAACCCAGAGCAAGGGUGCAACUUCGACACCGACUCAGGGCGUCAAGCACGUUGGAAGAGGACUCCUUCUGCUGUGUCGAGGAAGAAGCGGAAAAGGCAGCUGGGGCGGGACCCAGAAAUACAGCCUUGGGAGGCCCCAGGGAGAAUGCACUGGACUGGGAUUCCGGCUUCUCAGAGGUGUCGGGCAGCACGUGGAGAGAGGAAGAGCUGCCAGUACCGGUAUGCCAGCUGUCAGCACCCCCUGUGCCCCCACCACGCCUGCAUAGACAGCGUCUCUCCACCAGUGGCCUCCCCCUGCCCGGCGGGACUCCUGUCGCCAGGGUACCAUCCAGCCACCGACCUCGGCCCAAGUCCACCCCUGAUGCCUGCCUGGAGCACUGGCGGGGGCUGGACUCGGAGGACUGGACAGCAGCGCUCCUGAGUCGAGGGCGUAGUCGUCAGCCCCUGGUGCUGGGGGACAACUGCUUUGCAGACUUGGUACAAAACUGGAUGGAGCUGCCCGAGACAGUGGGUGAAGGGGAUCCCGAGGGUAGAUCACGACCCCGUGCUCGUCCUCCCCAGUUUCUGCUCGGACUUUCUGAGCAGCUGCGACGCCAGCUGGCCAGGGCACGGCGAGCUGCCAUGGCGAGCAAGCGGCUCUCAUGCCCACCUCACACGGAGUCCGAAAUGCCGGCAGAGGUCUCGCGCUUUGCUGCCCUCAUGAGCUGCCGCAGCCGCCAGCCCAUCAUUUGCAAUGAUGUUGUCAGCUACCUCUGA